GACACACAGCUGGAUCGCUAUGACCGAAUCUCUCUCUAGUAGUAGGUAUAACGUGUUUGUCUUGAGUUCUGCCUACCACGACAGCAUGAGAACGCUACUGGACAGCAGCUGGGUAAAGUUUGGGCCAGCCGGCAGAGGGUCCAUUGAUUGGGUGACUGGGUCACCUUCUCCCCCAAUGGUGGAGAGACAGUUACAGGGCGACAACUGGAAUGAGCUGAACCUCGACCAGGAAGGGAGGUCAGGGCUGCUCCUCUACGUGGUCCUCCCCGUCGCCUCCCUCCUCAUGCUGGGCCUUCUGGUACUCCUGGCCUACUGGAGGUGCUCCCCUCCAAAGCUCAGCCUGGACCUCCAGGACCCCAAGAGCAGCGCGGAGUUCCUCUCCUCGCUCACCGGCCACGGCGAACGCCACACCAGCACCAGCUCUGACAUGUCGGACAGCGUGUACGUCAUGGUCUACCUGCCGCCGCCCUACGAGGAGACGCUGACCAAGAUCACACGCGCCACCAGUCUGACCAGUCGGAAAGAGUCCAUGAACAUAGAGGACCUGGAGGCCCGGCUGUGUCCGGAGAUCAAGUCCAGUGGACGCUACGUGUGACUGGGGAACACUGGGACUGUCUCUCAAAUGGCCCCCUAUUCCCAAAAGCCCACAAAGGGCUCUGAUUAAAAGAAGUGCACUAUGUAGGGAGUAGGGUAUAUGGUAUCAUUUCAGACUAGAACUAAGAGAUUGCUUUUGAAAGGACUCCAUAUACCAAGCUCUUUAGAAUACGGGGAAUUCAAUGGACUAUUUAAAAACAUCAGACCUGACUUAGUAUUGGGGGUACCAGCUUUCUACACAGAGGAGUGUGCAGUUGCAUGAAAGCUGGAAAUUGCAUUGACUGGCUGUCCAGGAUACAGUACAUCUAGAUUCUCUAGAGAGGACAGACGCUGACGAUGUACAAACCGUAGGUCACAGUAGGCAAAUAAAUCUCCUUCAACGAUACAAAAGAUAAUAUACAAUUCAUUUGCAUUGUUUUUAUCUCCUAAAUGAAACACGCGAUCCCCCAUUUUGACUUCCACACAUUGUAUGAGCCAUACCAUGCUUUCAACCCUCCUGUACCUGUGUUGAUUUACAGUUUGUUCCCUAUUUGGAGACUUAGGAAUGUCAAUGUGCAAAGUGCAAGAAUGUUACAGAAGUCUUGUAUAUAAUACUGUAUGUUAUUUGAAUUUGAUUUGAAUUGUAUUUAUAUGUAAAAAGGUACAAAGACCUUGCCUGGGCACCAUGUGUUUGACAGAAGGAACAAGGAGUGGAAUGUUAGUUAGACGGGUACACAGACUUACAAAGACCUAGUCCAGGUUAAUAAUUCCCUUCAUUCCUUGGAGUCACAUCAUAUAUGUACUCCUAAAGACCUCAGACCUGAUACGUUUUAUAGACUACAUAACAUAUAUUCAUUCUAAUUAACAAGUAAUAUGUUUGUACAAAGUGUUAUAUUGUUUUUAAAUAAAGAAGAAAAAUAUCUGAGCAUGUUAUGAUUGAGAGACUUCCGUCAUGAUCACUGAUGCACCGAGGUUGCAAAGUUUUAAUCCCAUGCUGCCCCACUGUGAUACAUCUUGGUCAUAUCAUGUAGACUACUGAAUGUAGAGGUGAGCUCUC